AUGGUAGAAUACACACUUGCUGGUGAUGGUGCUGGUGAAUUGAUUGAUCGUGAUUCUUAUAGAACUCGUCAAUGGCCUGAACAUGGAUCAAUUGAUAAUAUCUAUAAACAUUGUGGUUGUACUGUAAUAUGUAAAUGUUCAUUACAUGAUGAUUAUACAACACAUAAUUUUCUUGUCUCGGAUCCAUUUUCCAGUCCAUCUCAAGUUUCAUCAUUUAGACAACAACAAGAAUAUAAUCGACCAGAAACUAGUGGUAAUUAUAUUCUCUAUCAAGAAUUACUUGAUCGAUAUCCACAUUAUGUUUUACGUGGUUCAUCAAAAUCGGGCGAUACAUUUUAUCGACAAAAAGGUUCACGUUUUGGUUAUGUACCAUCAUAUCGUGUAUGUUCAAAUGAGUUAUAUAAUAAACAAAAACAAUGGACUUUAAAAACUCCACCAAGUAACCCAAAUUUACCACCAUCAACAUUACCACGAAGUUUAGCAUUAGGAGAUGAAUGUUCGGUAAAUUCAAAGUAUGAACGAUGUGAAUUUCCAGCUAUACCAUCAAGAAGAGUUUCAUCAGCAGGUGGAUCUAAAACAAGAUCGUUUCAUCGUAAUAAUUAUUUUUAUGAUAUGGCUUUGUGA